UAUUUUAUUUAUCGUGUCAGAACAUUCUGGUUACAAAUAGGUACAUUGUUCAAAAUUGUAAAAUAUAAUAUCAGAAAUAGGUCUGUAUUUAUACCUAUUUAUAGGUACCUAUUCUUCUUUUAUAUGUAUAUAUAUAAAUUACACAAUUAAAUUUAUCGUAAAUUGUCACUUGGGAAAAUAUUUUUACCUUUAUGGUGCUUAUACGAUUUACUGGAGGUACAGAUAGAUACAUAGUUUAUUGUAUAGGUUUUUCAGGUGUUGUUACCUAUACUAAAAUGUAAAUCUUACCUCAGAAGUGGUGGGUAUAUAAUUAGUAAUUAGUAAUUACCAUGAGAUAGACAAUAUAUUGGCAAUUUUUAUUAUAGCAUAAUACCUAUGUAGAGGAUUAAGCUAUAUUCUGUCCUUUUAUAUUUAAGAUUCUGAGUAUAACAAUAAAUGUAUCUACUGGUUUUGCAAUAUGUCUGUAUUCUGGAGACACUUUUUCUAGUAGGAAACAAUGCUCUGAUCAUCAAAUUUGAAGGAGGUUUCCUUGAGGUUAUAUUUAUUAAAAUUGUAUUAUAAUAAAUUGUUUGGUAACCUUGCUUACCUAAAAUUUAGACAGUAGGUACUCGGUUUAUUUUAUUUUUAUCUAUAAAUGUCGAUAAAAAAUUAUUUUAAAAGCUUUAAAAUGUAAUACAGGUUCCUUUUAAGUUAUUAAUAGUAAUACAUGAAUUUAAAAACAAAUGAUGCUUAAAUUUUCCUCUAUCACUGAUAAUUUUAGGACAAUAGGUAUGCAAAUGCAAUUGGAUUUUUACAAAAAUUCAACAUUUCAACCUACCUAUUAUUAUUAAUAGGAAUAUUAAUAUAAUAUAAAAUAUCAGGCUGACACACGGUCCACGUUCAGGAAUUGUUUUUUGUAUACCAGUGGUUGGCAAUCUUUUUGGACUCUGGGGCCACAUUCAAAAAUUAAAAAAGUUUUGCGGGUCGUGUCUGAUAAAAAUUAAUCUUUUAAAAAAUAAUGGCUGCAUGGUAUAGUCGCACAGUCUGCCGGUUGUUGACCACUUUUGUACACAAUGGUAUAUCAUUGAAUUAAAAUUUAACACACCAACAACACCACUUGACAAUUGACACCUACUGUACAACAGAGCGUUACCCACUGGUCCACCUUUAAUAGACAUUGAUUUUGACCAAGUUGGUAUACCUAAUUUGAUGUUGAUUUACCUUUAACCACUACUUUGACUGUUAAGUUAAGUUAAGCUAAUCUGACCUGUAUAAACAAAAUAUUGUAUUGUUCAACUAGGUAGUUGUUUAUGUAAGUACAUACUUAUUGAAAAUUUAAUUAGAAUUUUACUAACACAAAAUUAAUGUUUUUAGAAGUGUAGAUGAACAUUUUACUAGUGUAGCUAUAGCAUGGUAGUAGUGACUAGUGAAAGACUAUGAAAGAUGGGAAGAUUUAAAGAAGAAUAUUUCAAUAAACCCACAUGGUAACCGAGUGCGAUUUGUUCCCAUUAUUCCUAAUAACAGUAAUCAACGUAUUAAUGUAUUUCCACCAACUUCAUCCAAAAGUCUGUUGUUUAAACCUUUUAAACCGAAUCAUUCAAACGAUUGUCCCAGAAAAGAAAAUGUUAACUUGGUUCAACAUAAAAAUAAUGACAAGAAAUAUAACAAUUUUGCUCCAGUUACGCAAAUGGAAACUCCUCGUCAACCAUCUAGAUUUAAUGUGAAUAACCCCGCGAAUAACCAAAAGUUUGUUGGUAUACAAUUUUCCCAGAAACAACAAGAAGUAAAAAAGCUUAAUACAUCAAAUUCUGUUGUAGAAAAUUGUAAUAUGAAUGAAUUAGAAAAUAACUUACCUAGAUUACCAUUGCACACUGUUUGGACUAAUGACAACAGUUCAAAAGAUUUUGGAUGCACUUUACCAACAAAAAUGCACACAUUUAAAAAACCAUUUUCGUCAAAUUUAAAUUAUUUAUCCAAUACUAAACAGAGUAUAAACUAUAUGCUAAAUUCUAAAUUCCAAAAGCAAUCUCAAGUAACACCAAACCCGAUGAGCAAGAUUAACAGUUCAAGGUACUUUAAAUCGUCAUAUCCCUUAUCUGCGUCUUUAGGACAAAAAUUACAUCCCGUAGCCGAAAACAUGAACACAUCAUUUUUUACUAUGGAUAAUGAAAAACCAUCUUCUGUCACCAGUCAAGACAUUAAUACACUAGAACAGUACUCAGGUUGUAUUAACCAACCUUUUAACAUGGAUAAUAUUUGGAAAGAUAAUCAGUGUCAACCACCGAGAAUGUGAUAGAUAUCUAGGUACUUAAAUUACAUAAAUAAUAUCCCACAUUCUUGUUGACAAAUUGUUAUCCUUUUCUGAAAUUAGUUUUAAAUAAUGUCAAUAUCAUAAUACAUUUAACCCUUCAUUCUAGGAUAUGAUUAAAAACAACAAUGAUUUUAUAAGCUUAGAUGUGUAACAUAAAUAUUCCAUUAGUAUUUAGACAAUAAAAUAUAAUUUGUCUGUGAUAUCUUGAGACACAUAUUAAUGACAUUUUGAAAAAUAAUUUUAUUUUAUAUACCAUAGAUUAAUUUUAGAAAAUUGAAAUACAAUGCAAAAAUAUAAAAUAAUAUAAUUUUUAACAAUCAUUGAAUACAUUAUACAGAAAUUCUAAAAACCAUUAAUCUAUAGAACAUUCCAACAAAUGGUUCCACUUAACUAAGGGAAGUAUCUUUAAACUUAAAUGUUCCUCUAGGUUUUACAUAACACGUUCUUUUUUACCUUUAUUUAAAUAAUUAAAAUGAUUAAUAUAUUAAAAAAUCAGGCCUUUUAAAUUACUAAAUUAAUUUUUAAUUACAUUUUUCAAAGUUACAAUAAAGGCAUUCUAAUUAUGUAUAUAAAUAUAUAUAUAUAUAUAUAUUUUAA